UACGUGCUGCAUGCGUGCGGUCGGUUCGAAAUUCAAAACAAAUAAAUACUUCCUUGAAAGCAUACUUCUGUGGGAAAAGUGAAAAAAUUCUGAUCAAAGAACAAAGUUUAACACCAAUUAUUCGAAAGUGCAGGAUAAGUAACUGAGUCAGGAUGUAUUUGCCGUACUCGCAACUGCCGGAUCCGACGGAUAAAUUUGAGAUCUACGAGGAGAUAGCCCAAGGUGUCAAUGCCAAGGUUUUUCGGGCCAAGGAGCUGGAAAACGAUCGAAUCGUUGCCCUAAAGAUCCAGCACUACGAUGAGGAGCACCAGGUGUCCAUCGAGGAGGAGUAUCGCACCUUGCGGGAUUACUGCGACCAUCCCAAUCUCCCCGAAUUCUAUGGAGUCUACAAGCUUUCGAAGCCUAAUGGACCUGACGAGAUCUGGUUUGUCAUGGAGUACUGCUCUGGAGGAACUGCAGUGGAUAUGGUUAAUAAGCUUCUGAAACUGGAUCGUCGAAUGCGAGAGGAGCAUAUUGCCUAUAUCAUCCGGGAGACUUGUCGUGCUGCCAUCGAAUUGAACCGUAACCAUGUCCUUCAUCGGGACAUCAGAGGAGAUAACAUCUUGCUGACCAAAAAUGGACGCGUGAAGCUCGUCGAUUUCGGUUUAUCCCGUCAGGUGGAUUCCACCCUGGGAAAGAGGGGAACCUGCAUUGGAUCGCCCUGUUGGAUGGCUCCCGAAGUGGUUUCCGCCAUGGAAUCCAGGGAACCAGAUAUCACCGUUCGAGCCGAUGUUUGGGCUUUGGGAAUUACCACCAUUGAGUUGGCAGAUGGAAAGCCACCAUUUGCUGACAUGCAUCCAACCAGGGCCAUGUUCCAGAUUAUUCGCAAUCCUCCCCCAACUUUAAUGCGUCCGACUAAUUGGUCCCAGCAGAUCAAUGAUUUUAUAUCCGAGUGUCUGGAGAAGAAUGCCGAGAAUCGGCCCAUGAUGGUUGAGAUGGUGGAGCAUCCAUUCCUCACGGAACUCAUCGAAAACGAGGACGAGAUGCGUUCGGACAUUUCGGAGAUGCUGGAACUCUCCAGGGAUGUGAAGAGUCUCUACAAGGAGCCGGAAUUAUUUGUGGACCGCGGUUAUGUCAAGAGGUUCGAUGAAAAACCGGAGAGAAUGUAUCCCGAGGAUUUGGCUGCCUUGGAGAACCCAGUGGAUGAGAGCAUAAUUGAAUCACUGCGACAUCGCAUUUUAAAUGGAGAAUCAUUCAGUUUUAUUGGGGAUAUUUUGCUGUCUUUAAAUUCGAAUGAAAUCAAGAAUGAAUUCCCCCCGGAGUUCCAUGCCAAGUACCGCUUCAAGUCGCGUUCUGAAAAUCAGCCGCACAUUUUCUCGGUGGCCGACAUCGCCUACCAGGACAUGUUGCACCACAAGGAACCGCAGCACAUUGUGCUCUCCGGUGAAAGUUACUCGGGCAAGUCCACCAAUGCCCAUUUGCUGAUCAAGCACCUGUGCUACUUGGGUGCCGGAAAUCGAGGAGCCACUGGAAGAGUGGAGAGCUCCAUCAAAGCCAUUUUGAUGAUGGUGAAUGCUGGAACACCGGUGAACAACGAUUCGACCAGAUGUGUUCUGCAAUAUUGUUUGACUUUCGGAAAAACUGGCAAGAUGAGUGGAGCCGUUUUCAAUAUGUACAUGCUGGAAAAGUUACGAGUGGCCACAACGGAUGGCACCCAGCACAAUUUCCAUAUUUUCUACUACUUCUACGACUUCAUCAAUCAGCAGAAUCAGCUUAAAGAGUAUAACCUAAAAGCUGACCGCAACUAUCGUUAUCUGCGAAUUCCCCCAGAAGUUCCCCCAUCCAAACUUAAAUAUCGUCGUGACGAUCCGCAGGGAAAUGUAGAGAAGUACAGGGAAUUCGAGGACAUCCUGAGGGAUAUUGAUUUCAAUCACAAACAAUUGGAGACCGUUCGCAAGGUCUUGUCGGCCAUUUUGAAUAUCGGCAACAUCCGUUUCCGGCAGAGCGGAAAGUUCGCCGAAGUCGAAAACACCGAUAUUGUUUCCCGAAUUGCAGAACUUUUGCGGGUGGAUGAGAAAAAAUUCAUGUGGUCCCUUACCAAUUUUAUUAUGGUUAAGGGCGGCAUUGCCGAGAGGCGUCAGUAUUCUACUGAAGAAGCCCGAGAUGCUCGGGAUGCAGUGGCCAGCACCCUUUACUCCCGAUUGGUGGACUUCAUCAUCAACAGGAUCAAUAUGAACAUGUCCUUCCCAAGGGCAGUGUUUGGUGACACCAAUGCCAUCGUUAUCCACGACAUGUUUGGCUUCGAGUGCUUCAAUCGAAACGGUCUCGAGCAACUGAUGAUCAACACUCUAAACGAACAGAUGCAGUAUCACUACAAUCAACGCAUCUUUAUCAGUGAAAUGCUGGAAAUGGAGGCUGAAGAUAUAGACACCAUCAACCUGAAUUUCUAUGACAACAAGACGGCUCUCGAUAAUUUGCUAACCAAACCGGAUGGCUUGUUCUACAUCAUUGAUGAUGCCUCACGUUCCUGCCAAGAUCAGGAUUUGAUAAUGGAUCGCGUUUCGGAGAAGCACAGCCAGUUUGUGAAGAAGCACACUGCCACUGAGAUUUCCGUGGCUCAUUAUACGGGCCGCAUUAUUUACGAUACGCGCGCCUUCACCGACAUUAACCGGGAUUUCGUACCGCCGGAGAUGAUCGAAACUUUCCGCUCCUCGCUGGAUGAGAGCAUCAUGCUCAUGUUUACCAAUCAACUGACCAAGGCUGGAAACCUUACGAUGCCCUUCGAGGCGGUUCAGCAUAAGGAUGAAACCGAAAGGAAGUCAUAUGCCUUAAAUACCCUGAGUGCCGGCUGCAUCUCACAGGUGAACAAUCUCCGCACUUUGGCGGCCAACUUCCGCUUCACCUGCCUGACCCUGCUCAAAAUGCUAAGCCAGAAUUCGAGUCUCGGGGUGCACUUUGUUCGCUGCAUUCGCGCUGAUCUGGAGUACAAGCCCAGGGCUUUCCACUCGGAUGUGGUGCAGCAACAGAUGAAGGCCUUGGGCGUCCUGGACACUGUUGUUGCCCGGCAGAAGGGCUACAGCUCACGGCUGCCCUUCGAGGAGUUCCUGAGAAGAUAUCAAUUCCUUGCCUUUGAUUUUGAUGAGCCUGUUGAAAUGACCAAGGAUAAUUGUCGCCUGUUGUUUUUGCGUCUUAAAAUGGAAGGCUGGUCCUUGGGCAAGACCAAGGUGUUUUUGCGUUACUACAAUGACGAGUUCUUGGCCAGAUUGUACGAGCUGCAGGUGAAGAAGGUGAUCAAAGUGCAAUCCAUGAUGCGGGCUUUGCUGGCACGAAAACGCGUCAAAGGCGGCAAGGUGUUCAAAUUGGGCAAAAAGGGACAGGAGCAUCAUGAUGUGGCCGCAUCGAAAAUACAAAAAGCCUACAGGGGAUUCCGCGACCGGGUCCGCCUCCCUCCGCUGGUCAACGAGAAGUCCGGACAGCUGAACGAGAACACCGCCGACUUUAUCCGCCCGUUUGCCAAGAAGUGGCGCGAGAAGUCCAUCUUCCAGGUCCUCCUCCACUACAGGGCGGCUCGCUUCCAGGACUUUGUCAAUCUUUCGCAGCAGGUCCACAUCUACAACCAAAGAAUGGUGGCAGGGCUGAACAAAUGCACCCGGGCAGUGCCCUUCGAGAGGAUCAACAUGCGGGAGGUGAACUCCUCGCAGCUGGGACCUUUGCCAGUGCCGAUGAAGAAGAUGCCCUUCCGGCUGGACCAGAUUCCCUUCUACGACACCCAGUACAUGGUGGACCCGGCCAACUCCAUUUCCCGCCAGACGUUCCCCAACCAGUUGCUGAUGCAGCACAUGGAGGAUGACGAGCCCUGGGACAGUCCUCUCCAGCGCAAUCCCUCGAUGACCUCGUGUGCCCUGACCUACAAUGCCUACAAGAAGGAGCAGGCUUGCCAGACCAACUGGGAUCGCAUGGGCGAGAGCGAUAAUAUCUACAAUCAAGGGUACUUCAGGGAUCCCCAGCAGCUGAGAAGAAAUCAAAUGCAGAUGAACAUGAAUGCCUACAACAAUGCCUACAACAGCUACAACAGCAAUUACAACAAUCAGAAUUGGGGUGUCCAUCGCUCAGGAUCCAGGCGCAACUCCUUGAAGGGUUAUACGGCGCCUCCGCCUCCUCCUCCUCCGAUGCCCUCGUCCAACUACUAUCGCAAUAAUCCCAACCAGCAGCAGCGCAAUUAUCAGCAGAGAUCCUCGUAUCCACCAUCGGAUCCCGUGAGGGAGCUUCAAAACAUGGCUCGCAAUGAGGGAGAUAAUUCUGAGGACCCACCAUUCAACUUCAAGGCCAUGCUGCGCAAGACAAACUAUCCCAGGGGAUCCGAAACCAGCACUUAUGAUUUCAACAAUCGACGCGGAUCGGACAGCGGUCAACACACAUUCCAGGCGCCCAAAUUGCGAUCGACCGGUCGUCGCUUCCAAGAGGACGAGGACUAUAACUCCUCAUCGGGAAACUAUGGAGUCUCUAGGAACUUUGGCCAACAGCAGAGGGCUCCGACACUGAGACAAGCUCCUGCCAGCGUGGGCCGCAGUUUCGAGGAUAGCAACGCCAGGUCCUUCGAGGAGGCAGGAUCCUAUGUAGAGGAGGAAAUUGCCCCUGGAGUCACACUAUCCGGAUAUGCAGUGGAUAUCUAAACAUCACGGAAAUGAAUAUAAAGGAUUAUGCAGUGUAAUAAGUUUGAGAUAAUAAACCCACCAAAGUUCCAUAGCAAUAGUAAAAUGCAAUCCUGUAUUUCAUCACUUCGAAGGAUUCUUCACUUUCUCUAAAAAUAUUUUACACAACAUUAAUAAUGUAUCUUGAUUUAAUAAUAAAUGUGGUUCCAGUAAUUUUAA